UGCAACACAUUGGAAGAUGUACAAGACAAAUGACUACAAGAAAACCAUCCCAGCUGCUAUCACUUCUAUAGCGGAAAAGUUUGACAUGAAUGCAAAUGAUGAAGUGGCUCGGGCAACAUGCACUAAUAUUAUUAAGGAUGGUAUCCGGCAACAGCGGUAUAGGCUUAAGAGCAAAUAUUUUAAUAAUGUUCCUAUUAGUGAAGUGCUUUCAAAAGGCCCACCACCACGUGUCAGUCCGGAAGAUUGGGCAAAACUUGUAGAGAAAUGGACUGAUCCAAAGCACAAGGAAACUUGUGAAAAGAAUAAAAUUAAUCGAGAACAGGUUAAAUUUCACCAAACUACAAGUUCUAGGAGUUAUGUUUGUGCAAUCCAUUCUAUGAAGGUGAAUAACAAUGAUCAAGAACCAGAUGCUAUUGACUUUUUCAAAGAGAGCCAUUUCAGCAAGAAGAAAGGUUCCAUGAGUGAUGAUGCACAGGAAGCCUAUAAUGCUAUGGUGAGUAAAAGAGAACAAAAUCAAGAGGAAGGUGGACACGCGAAACUUGACGAGGAAAUUGUUGCUGAAGUUUUGUCUGAAAGAAACACAUCAAGCACAUUUCUAGUAAAUAUGGGUUUCCCCAAUAAAAAAAUCUGGCAAUACUACUUCAUCUAUGCAGGUGCAAGAGCUGCGUGAUCAGCUAAGAGUAGAGAAAGAGGAUAAUGCAAGGAAGCAGCAUCAACUUACUGAACAACUUGAAUCUCAGCAACAAGAAAUUACUGAAUUGAAAAGGAAGCAUCAGGAAGAGAUGGACAACUUGAAGAAGAGCCAAGAUGAGAAAAUGGAUGGUCUUCGGAAGAAACAAGAUGAAAUGGAGGCUAUGUUCCGAUUUUUCAUAAGACAGCAGUAGACCCAAUCAUCAAGGGAUCAAGGAACAUCAAAGUAGUUUGUUAGGGGAAGAUUUUUUGGGUAUGAUACUUUUAAGUGGUAGAAAUGACUUUUGUGUUUUGGUGGCAUGACGUUGAACUGUAGUUAUUCUGAUUUAGAUGGUCUAACUUAACUGUGUGGUAUCUCUUUUGUAUAUGUCAGUAGGAUGCUUAUCUUACGAUGAAACACUGGAUGGUAUCUUUUAUGCUAUGUUAUAGACAUAUUGAAUGAAAUAUAUGAAUUGC